UCGAGAACCGCUCCGGCGCAUAGUCUCCCGCAGCAAGCUGUGGCCUGCGCACAACAGCCCAGCAGUUCUCCAUCACAUAGCAACACAUAAACUAUCAACCUGAAAGCGGAAUUCAUCAGAAUUCAUUCACACAAGAUGCUUCUCCCGUCUGCGCUUCCCUGCGACCCCCGAAAGUACUCGGCCCGGUCGCGUUUUGCGGCCAGUCGCCUGUUCUCGCCUACACCUCCGCCGUCCGACGAUGGCUUCUCAGCAAGCAACGGCCUCCUGGGAACCUGUCGCGCACUACAAUCUCUUCUUAACAACGUCUCUCCCUCGCCAUCACCGCGACGUGCCAGACCAGAGCGUCUUCAAAGCCCACUGCACGUCAAGCCGCCGACUCGGACCCAACCACAGAGGGUCGUCAAGCGACAAUCGACACCACCCCGCGGUGUGAACAAGAGAAGAAGAGACUGCUACGAGGAUGGCGAUACUGAGAUGGCCGAUGUAUCCCCUCGCGAUCAAUUCUCAACACCCAAGCGCCAAAGGUGUGCUCCGCUCGACCUUCCUCUGGGUCUUGCGACCUCUGACUUCCACUCUCUCGGAUCCAUCACCGUCAGACCAUCAGCACCAGUCCCUCCCGUGACAAAAACAGAGAACAACGGGGCCACUCCUGAUCCAGACACUGCGAUUCCCUCGAUUGAGAUAUCAGACUGCAGUUCCAAUCCCACCUCGGACUGGAGUGCGGAAGAUGACCGGAGAUUGGUGGAACUAGUCCUCGAGAAGUUCCAGCUCUCCCAGCGAGACUGGGAUGAGUGCGCGCGCCGCAUGGGAAAGGAUAACGACACUGUCGGACGACGAUGGCAGGCCCUGGUCGGAGAGGGCAACGUCGGUCUUCGACGCGGAAGGCGCAUGGUCCGCCGACCCAUUGACGAGAACUGGCGGUAAACUGGCUCUACCGUUCUCGAACGAAAUGACUUAUUACUCCC